GUUCUUCAUGUGUGUUUGUUGCUUUGACAGGUGAAAUGACGCCAGUAUCAGAGAAGGAGGGAGAAACUAUCAUUUUACACACUGGUCUUAUCCUACAUAUUAAUGAUCAGAUAAAGUGGAUGUUUAAUGGCCAGCUCAUUCCUGAAAUCAAUGAAGGCACCAACGGCAGACUAUAUCUUGAUCGUCCAUCUGGAUCACUCAUUAUCACUAAAUCCAAAAUCACAGACUCUGGAGUUUAUCAUCUGAACAUGAUCAGCAGCUCAUACACCGUUCAGAGGAACAUCAGUGUUACUGUCACGGUAUUGGAUAAAAAAACCCCAGAUCCAGGUGUGUUUGGUGUUGAUGUGACCGUGAUGAAGGGGGAUUCUGUCACUCUAAAACAUCAAGCUGAAAUAAAAAAAAAUGAUUCAGCUAAUUGGAAGUUUAAUGAUAUAAUCAUAGCGCAAAAAAGAACAGCUGGAAACUUCUAUAAAUCUGAAGGUGAUGAUGGGAGAUUCAAAAACUGUCUUAAUCUGGAACAGCAGACUGGAUAUCUGACCAUCACAAACAUCACAUCUGACCAUGCUGGACCCUAUACACUAAACAUCAAGAAAAGCACAAAUGAGACAUCCAAAAUAUUCAGUGUUACUGUCACCGAUAAUGUGACAUCACUAUCAGUGCUGAAGGGAGAUACUGUCACUCUACACACUGGUGUUACUGGUGAACUGAUACUGUGGAAGUUUGGAGAUCAAGAGUUAACCUGUUAACAGUCGCCCCCACUAGUUGAGCUCAAACCCAAACCUGACAUACACACACUAAACCAGUCAGAGUUCAUGAACCCUCUGGACUACAUGCAUAACUGAGGACUCUUUAGAAAGAUGAUAGAUGUGGGUUUAAUGUUCAAGUAAAAUAUUCUGUUAUAUCAUUAUAGACUAAAAGUGAGAGAAGCUUAAAUAUUUUGUAAAGUAAUGAGCAAUUUAUUUAAAUUAAAUAUAUUUUCUACAUAAAUUUGUUAAACUGUGCUGUCAUUAACUCAAAAAAUCAAUAAAUUCAAAGGCACAAGUCUGAAUAAGUUAUAAUUUAAAUUUGUUUGUAAAAUCACUAAAUAUACGGUUCAUGAAACAUUUUCUUGUUGUAGAAUGUAAAUAUUGAAAAAUGGCACUUGGUGACACCAAAAUGGAAACUGGUUAUUAAUUUGAGAUGAAAAACAAUAUGGAAUUAUUUACAACUAAGCAUAACUGUUGUAUCUGUAAAUUGUAAAGAUUUAAAAAGUUAAACUUUGUCUAAUACAGUCAUCUGUUGACAGUAGAGCGGCAAAAGUUACAAACAUGCCUUAAGGUUUAUGUUGGCAGUGCUUUAGUUCAUCAUUCCUGCUUUUCCGUUGUCAUUUAUUUCUCAAACGUCUCACAAUUUUUUUGUCAUCUACUCUUCAUACAGUAUGUUGACACUUUUACAUUAUGAAACUGUCCAUCCUGUCAUCUCUCUGUCUAUUACUACUGACAUCCAGUGUAUCUCUCUCUUUCCACUUCUCAAGUCUCUUUACUCUGCCUCAUAUUCUGUAAUACACCGCCAUUAAUAUACUGAUCAUCUGA